GUUCUAUAGUAUGCCCAUACCUCUCGUGGACGUAAUGCGAGCUUUCCAUGGGCAGACAUGGAAUGGAUUAUCUAUAUAAGAGCCAUGGAUUCCCGAUGAUAUCUGCGUCUUUCGAAAUAUUUCCGGUGCAUCUUUGACGAAUGCUCAGAACCUACGGACCAAACAAAAUCUGUACUGCUGCUAUAUUGCCUUUAACUCUGUGACAUUCUGUCUGUUUACCUGAGGACUUCAGUGGCCCAGCCCUAUAAAUCACAAUGCCAAUUUUUCCCGCAAGCCCUUUGCAGCCCAUCAAGAAUGGAUGGCAUGUUUUCUCUGACCUUGUUUGCAACAAGUUGACCGAAGGAGCUGAAAGUUUCUUGAAAGCGCAUACUGGAGCCGAUCUCUUCAUCGUUACCGGUUCCGCUGGGGUAGGGAAGUCGUCUUUCAUCAAAUCAAUCACUGGGGAAGACGUAUAUAUCGGAUCGACACUUGAAUCUGGUACAAAAACUACCAGUCUUGUGCCAACAGUCAUUGGGAACCAGCGCUGCUUGUUCCUUGAUAUGCCAGGAUUCAAUACUCGCGACUUCGACGACUGGGACGUCUUUCAUAGACUCAUGACGGCAAUGUCCGUUGUUGAGCGAUACGUCGAAUUCCGCGGUGUCCUAUAUGUGGAUUCCAUGGAGGAGAAUCGUGUCACGCCUGCAGCAGAAAAGAUCCUCACCUGGCUUUGGCUUUUCUGUGGCCAGGACUACAUGCCCAAUGUCACUGUUGUCACAACCAGAUGGGACGGCCUAGACGCGGAUGGCAUCGAAACCAAGAUGGCUAGAGUUGAGAAAUGGCGUGCAGAAGGGCUGCUGCAACGUUUCUUCAAGCAUGCCGCGAGCAUUUACCACCAUGGACUCGUAAUGGAGGGAGGAAAUUACAAAACAUUGCAUAUCGAGAGGCAGGCCGAGAGGCGUCGGGUCCUCGCUCGGGAUGCAAUCACGUCGCGCUACCACCACCCAACCAGCCUCAAGCUUCAGAUCUAUACCGAAAUCGCAAGUGGAGCUACCAUCGACACGACCCUCGCCGGCAGAUGGCUAAGGUAUGGACGUGCGGCCGACGAUCCCCAGGGCAAUCAAGAAACAAGCGCAGAUUCCUCAACUGGAGGUGAUUCGGCCCGCAGCGAGCAACAAGGGGAACGUCAGCAGAGAGACUGGACAUAUAGAUCUGUUCUCAUAUGCCUGGGGGACAUCAAACCCUGGAUCCGUCUCUUGCACAUGGCCGCCAGAAUGUACAUGUCGUCGUCCUCCCGUUCCUCGCCGCCUGUAUUCGAUUCCUUUGCCGACGAUGCCUCAGAGAACAUUUUCUUUGAAGACUCCAUUUUUCCUGAUGAACCCUUCUCUGGCCCAGAAGAAGAGUCGGGGUGGGGAUGUGUGAUCCUUUGAACCGACGUACCAAGGAUCGUUGACUGUCCUGGAUUAUAUGGUUUCCUCAGCUUAAGGUCUCUCUUUUCAUUGUUUCUACAUGUGUAGUACGUCUUUCGGUCUCAUGUAUCCUGAAUGAUCUGAUUUUCCGUACAUGCAUGGAAAGACCUGGUAACUACUCUAUUUCCUGCUUAUCUGUGUGCAAUGAAGAUGGC